AGCGGGCGGCGGCGGCCCCGGGAAGAAAAGAACAUGGCUCCUGCGGUGGGCAGCAUCGAGGGAGGCGCAGCGCAUCCGCGCGCCGGGCGCCAGUGACCAAGAUGGUGAACUCCAGCCGCGUUCAGCCGCAGCAGCCCGGGGACGUGAAGCGGCAGCCCCCGCCCCGAGCUCCCGGCCCAGGCCGCCUGAUGGCGGGCGGCGCGGGCUUCCCAGCCCCGGGCGGCCUCCGGGAGCAGCGGGGCCUGGAGAUCGAGAUGGAGCGCAUCCGGCAGGCUGCCGCGCGGGACCCUCCAGCGGGAGCCUCGGCCUCCCCCUCUCCUCCGCUCUCGUCCUGCUCCAGGCAGGCGUGGAGCCGCGACAACCCGGGCUUCGAGGCUGAGGAAGACGACGACGAAGAGGAGGUGGAAGGGGAAGAAGGGGGAAUGGUGGUGGAGAUGGACGUGGAGUGGCGCCCGGGCAGCCGGAGGUCAGCAGUCUCCUCCACUGUGAGCUCUGUGGGCGCCCGCGGCCGGGGGCUGAGUAGCUACCACGGAUCUGGCCACCCGAACGGGAGGCGGCGCCGACGAGAGGACCAGGGUCCGCCAUGCCCUAGCCCGGUCGGCGGCGGGGACCCACUGCAUCGCCACCUCCCCCUGGACGGGCAGCCGCCCCGCGUGGCCUGGGCUGAGAGGCUGUUUCGAGGGCUGCGAGGUCUCUGGGGAACAAGACUCAUGGAAGAAAGCAACACUAACCGAGAGAAAUACCUUAAAAGUGUUUUACGGGAACUGGUCACAUACCUCCUUUUUCUCAUAGUCUUGUGCAUCUUGACCUAUGGCAUGAUGAGCUCCAAUGUAUACUACUAUACCCGGAUAAUGUCGCAGCUCUUCCUAGACACCCCAUUGUCUAAAACAGAGAAAACGAACUUUAAAACUCUUUCUUCAAUGGAGGACUUCUGGAAGUUUGCAGAAGGCCCCUUACUGGAUGGGCUGUACUGGAAGGUGCAGCCCAGCAACCAAACAGAAGCUGACAACCGAAGUUUCAUUUUCUACGAGAAUCUGCUGUUAGGGGUUCCACGCAUACGACAAGUCAAAGUCAGAAAUGGAUCCUGUUCCAUCCCCCAGGAUUUGAGAGAGGAAAUUAAAGAGUGCUAUGAUGUUUACUCUGUCAGUAGCGAAGACAGGGCUCCAUUUGGGCCACGAAAUGGAACUGCUUGGAUCUACACAAGUGAAAAAGACUUGAAUGGGAGUAGCCACUGGGGAAUAAUCGCAUCUUACAGUGGAGCUGGCUAUUACCUGGAUUUGUCAAGAACCAGAGAGGAAACAGCUGCCCAGAUUACUAGCCUCAGGAAAAAUGUCUGGUUGGACCGAGGAACCAGGGCCACUUUUAUUGACUUCUCAGUGUACAAUGCCAACAUUAACCUGUUCUGCGUGGUCAGGUUAUUGGUUGAAUUCCCAGCAACAGGCGGUGUGGUUCCCUCUUGGCAAUUUCAACCUGUAAAGCUGAUUCGCUACGUCACCACUUUUGAUUUCUUCCUGGCAGCCUGUGAGAUUAUCUUUUGUUUCUUUAUCCUUUAUUAUGUCGUGGAAGAGAUAUUGGAAAUUCGCAUUCACAAACUACAAUAUUUCAGGAGUUUCUGGAAUUGUCUGGAUGUUGUGAUCAUUGUGCUCUCGGUGAUGGCUAUAGGAAUUAGCUUAUAUCGAACAUCAAAUGUGGAGGGUCUACUUCACUUUCUGGAAGACCAGAAUACUUUCCCCAACUUUGAGCAUCUGGCAUAUUGGCAAAUACAAUUCAACAAUAUAGCUGCUGUCACAGUAUUUUUUGUGUGGAUUAAGCUCUUCAAAUUCAUCAAUUUUAACAGGACGAUGAGCCAACUGUCUACAACUAUGUCUCGGUGUGCCAAAGACCUCUUUGGCUUUGCCAUUAUGUUCUUCAUUAUAUUCUUAGCAUAUGCUCAGUUGGCAUACCUUGUCUUUGGUGCUCAGGUUGAUGACUUCAGUUCUUUCCAAGAAUGUAUGGGAUACCAUAAAGCUUUGGUCAAACUAAAACUGAAAAAAAAUACUGUGGAUGACAUUUCAGAGAGUCUGCGGCAAGGAGGAGGCAAGUUAAACUUUGACGAACUUCGACAAGAUCUCAAAGGGAAGGGCCAUACUGAUGCAGAGAUUGAAGCAAUAUUCACCAAGUAUGACCAAGAUGGAGACCAGGAGCUCACUGAACAUGAACAUCAGCAGAUGAGAGAUGACUUGGAAAAAGAGAGGGAGGACCUGGACUUGGACCAUAGCUCUUUGCCGCGUCCCAUGAGCAGCCGCAGUUUCCCAAGAAGCCUGGAUGACUCUGAGGAGGAUGACGACGAAGACAGUGGACACAGCUCCAGAAGGAGGGGAAGCAUCUCCAGUGGGGUUUCUUAUGAAGAGUUUCAAGUCCUGGUGAGGCGCGUGGACCGCAUGGAGCACUCCAUCGGCAGCAUUGUGUCCAAGAUCGAUGCUGUGAUCGUCAAGUUAGAGACCAUGGAGCGGACCAAAGUGAAGAGACGGGAGGUGCUAGGGAGGCUGCUGGAUGGGGUGGCCGAGGAUGAAAGACUGGGUCGUGACAGUGAAAUCCACAGGGAACAGAUGGAGCAGUUAGUGCGGGAAGAGCUGGAGCGCUGGGAAUCCGAUGACGCAGCUUCCCAGAUAAGUCACCGGCUAGGCACACCUGUGGGACUCAAUGGUCAGCCUCGCCCCAGAGGAUCCCGUCCUUCCUCCUCCCAGUCCACAGAGGGCGCAGAAGGUGGAGGUGGAAAUGGGAGUGCCAAUAUGCACAUGUGAGGAGUGUUGUUGUGUAUGUUCCUGAUAGGCGAGAAGGCACUGUCCCAAUCGCCAUAACAAGUAUACUAUUUAUAUGCCCUGAUUACCAUAUGAUGCUGGCCUAUGUGACUGAUUGUUAAUCUUCUGCACUUUAACUUAUUUUAUAUAAAUGUUACCCGUGGAUCCAAGUGUUUUUGUUUGUUUGUUUGGUUUGGUUUGGUUUUUUGGGGUUUUGAGGUAUUUUUUUCCCCCUCAUAUGAGAAAUCUAGAUGUAAAUAGUGAGUUCAGGGAAAAUCUUUGAAAAGUAUGUGGAGUGUAUGGUCAGUUGCCACCAUGCCUGCAUCUUCCCAGUUGACAGUGAAGUAGCCUUUAUAGCUAGAAGAGAACAGUCAAAGGUCUUGUGAGUUUACUUCCAUUCACAAAAAUCAGUAUUGCCACUUUUGUCCAGUGUAUGAAAGCAAGUAGGACAUUUCUCUCCACUUGGGGAGUAACUCAUGAGUUCAAUGCAUGUCUUUCUUUUUAAAAAGGAUUCUUUUUUUUUUUCCAACUACCUUACUGGAGUGAACUUUUCUAAAAGACUAGGUAGAAAAGAACUCCAGACCACAGAAUGGGUAUGUAGUCACUAUGCUAGAAUUUGUAUGAGUGGUUAAGAUAAAUGUUAAAUACUGUGCUUUUAUUGUUUGUUUAUAUCUAAAAUCUGUGAGACUAUCUUUCAUUUUUAUAUUAUAUUAGCUUUGAAUUUGAAAUAGUCAAGAAAACCACCAAAGACCAAUUUGAAGAGGAAAUGGUAAUUUCAAACUUUAGUUUUGAAAUUCAUUAAACCAACAACAAAACUAAAGUUUCAGUUUAAUACUCUCUCAAGAAUAUAGUUCUCAAAUAUUCCUGAUUCAGUAUUUAUAAUGUAAAUGAUGCUCAAUUUAAUAAAAAGGAGGCAUUGGUAUUCAAAGUUCAUCCUUUUUCAGAAAGUACCAGCCCCAUUUUGAGUGCAGCAGUUGUUUUCAAUAGGAAAGGGUCUUGCAAAAUUUAUGGGAGGAAAACCUAUUUCUAAAAAAAAAAAGCAAAUUAUUUUUGAAAAGUAUUGGGAAAUGUGGCCUUUUGAUAGCUAAUAGGACCAGCAAGGGCAAUGUAAUAUUGGUGAGCAUCUCUCAGUUGGAUAUCAGAAGGGAGUCCUGCUUUUUAAUGUUGCAUCUUAAGUAGUUCAUUCCAUUGGUGGAGUAUGUCAGUCAAAUCUCUAAUGAAAAGAGAAGACAGGCCUUUCUGCCUUAGUGUCUAUAGAAAUAAAACAUAUUGAGUGUCUUUAACAGUCAUUCCCCAUGGAUUCAUCUCUGUCUUUACUUUAACAUGCUACACCAAUUCUUUAUUCCUAGGUACUGAAGUUUGCAUUCCAGGGGUAUGGAGUGUACAUAUUUAUGUUUGUGUACCUUGUUGUUACAUGUAAACAAACUUCAAUUUGAAGUGCAACUAUUAUGUGGUAUCCAUGUAUAUUGACCCGGUGCCAUAGGUUGAUUAUGGUCACUAGAAACUCUUUUUAUGGUACUGAUCAUUGUACUGUUUUUCAUUUCACUUGUAAAACAUGGUGAAAUUCUUUUCUUAUUAUCCGUAAGUUCCAUAGAUUUUUAUUCUUUAGUCAUGGAGCAUUCAGUCCCAGCCCUUUCCUUAUCACCUUCCCACCUCUGUAUGACAGGAAUAAUUAUGAUGUUACAUAUGCCAGUCUCAACAAUCAAGAAUUUUAUAAUUGUGUAAUACUGAGCACUUUACUUCUUAAUAAAGACUUGAUAAAAUAUCA